GAGCUAAUCACUAAGUUGUAUAUAGUAUACUUGUAAGACUAAACCCAUUACAAAAUCAUAUGGACUUUGUAUAUGCUCCUCCGCCUCCCCCAUCUUCGUCUAAGAAGACUGGUGGAUCUACUAAUGGAAUUCAACAUGCACAAAUAUCAGCACUGAAUGAAGAAUCCUCUACAAAUCAUAAGAAUAAUAAGAAUAAGAAUAAUAAUAAUAAUAAUAAUAAUAAUAAUAAUAGACGGUAUAAUAAACAUAAUGCUAAACAAGUGUAUAAUCAACUGAGUAAUAACAUCAACCAAGAGAUAGCCUCUUCUGUGACGACCCUGUUAUUAGACUUACCUACUUACUUACCUAAUGAAGAGCCUGUAAUUGAUGUAUCGCCUAGUACUAAAGAUCGCGAUGAGGGACCCAUAAAAGAUAAAACAGAUCUUGAUAAUAAUGAUGAAAUCAAUAAUGAAGUCAAUGAUGAUGAAGUAUCUCAAACUGUUAAAGAUCCAUCGCAACCUAUAGUUAUACCAGGUACAAAUAUAACAUUACAAACUGAUGAAGAUAUAGCUAAAUGGAUCGAAGAAAGAAAGAAAAGAUGGCCCACUAGAAAGAAUAUAGAAUUGAAAGAACAGACACAAGCACAAGCACAGGCACAAGUACAAGUACAGGAUCAACAGAAUGAAAUUAAUAGUCAAGAUCGAAAGAGGCGGAAUUCGAAUUCAAAUUCAGAUACUCCAAAUACAAAGAAAGCAAGAAAUAUUUGUAGAUUUUAUCAAUUGCAUAAACAUUGUAAAUUUGGUAAUAAAUGUAAAAAUCUCCAUGAAUUACCAGAUUCAUCUAUAUCUAAAUCUAAUAAAUUUGAUAAUCCAGCAUUUAAUUUACCUGAUAUAGAAUCUACACAUUUUAAGAGAACAAUUAAUGAUAUUCCAGUAUUAAUUCCUAAAUUAUAUAGUAAUAUUCAAAAAUCUGGAGGUAGAUUAUUUAAACAUUUAAUUAAACGAGAACAUUCAGAACAUGAAAAUAAUGUUAUAUUACAAUUUAUUCAAUAUUUAGAUACUAAGGGUUUAAUUGAUCAUGAAGUUAUGAAAAAGCAAAAUUGAAGUAGUAUU